AUGUCCACUCUACCGACGCUCGUCUUCAUACCUGGCGCCUGGCAUAAACCUACAUGCUACAACAAGGUCAUCAAGCUCCUCCAAGACCAGCAUAAGUUGAAAUGCAUCUCCAUAACUCUGCCUUCGACGACGGGAAACCCAGCUGCAACCUUCAAAGAUGAUCUUGAUGCUGCACGUGAAGCUGUUUUGUCCGAGACAGUCCACAGUCGCAAUGUCGUCGUCGUUGCGCACUCCUAUGGCGGCAUGGUUGGCAAUAGUGCCAUCAAGGGUCUCACGCAGCCAGACUUCACCGAAACCCAAAAUCAAAUCUCGACAACGGGCUAUGUUAUUGGCCUAAUUCUCAUAGCCUCUGGAUUUACCCUAAGUGGACUUGCCUUCAUGGAUCCGUUUUUCGGCCAUCCCCCUCCAUCCUGGCGGGUCAACAAUGAGACCGGAUAUGCCGAACUUGUCACUUCUCCGCGUGAGCUCUUCUAUCACGACUUGCCAGCAGACGAGGCAGAAUUCUGGGUUUCGCAACUUACUACGCAAAGCCUCAAAGCACUGUUCGAGGGCGGGGAAUACACAUACGCCGGUUGGAGAGAUGUACCUGUUUGGUAUAUUGGCACCGUCGAGGACCGAGGUUUGCCGGUAGUGGUACAACGCAUAAAUAUUGGCAUGGCAAAGGAAAUUGGUGGCAGGGUGGAGCAUAGGGAGCUUCAAACGAGUCAUUCGCCCUUUCUGAGUCAACCAGAAAUGACGGUCAUGAUCAUGCUAGAGGCUGUUGAGGCGUUUACGGGGAAGCUAGGGAGGAAAGUACUGACUACCUUGUGUAUUGUAAUAGUUGACCGUAAUAUAUCAACUAGCAUCAUUGGUCUAGUGGUAGAAUUCGUCGUUGCCAUCGACGAGGCCCGUGUUCGAUUCACGGAUGAUGCACUAUAA